AUGUCGAAGACUCACAAGUUCAGCUACGUCUUAAACUCCUUAACGGAACCCGCUGCAUCUGCAAUUGAAGGAUUACAGGUUUCAGAAGAAAACUAUGACCGUGCAGUACAAAUUCUUACCGAGCGAUUUGGACUCCCACAGCAUAUAGUGGACAGUCACAUGGAUUCUCUCAUCCAUAUAAAACCUGUAACGUCGACAAAUGACAAGGAAGGACUUCGAUAUCUACAUCAGACUGUUGAGGCCAACACUAGAGGGCUGGAGUCUUUGGGCAUAAAACUGGAAUCGUAUGCUACAAUGCUGCUACCCAUUCUUCUAAAAAGCAUUCCAAAGCAAGUCGCUGUUGAUUUCAAACUGAAAGAAGAAGAACGAAAAAGGAAUGGCCAGCAUAACCAGAACCAAGCGGAAGAGGUUACGUUGAUGAAGGAGAAUGUCGAGAAGCUUAAGAGACUACUUCAACGGCUGCAAGAGUUAGUAAAAUGUCAAGGAGACGACGAUAAAUGGCGGGCAGUGUUCAAACGGGAACAGCACACCUCGUACUCCGCAACGGGAAAACUACAGGGAAUAAAAGGAAAAUCAUAUGCUGCUUUUUCUACGACCGCAACAAGCAAAUGCAUAUUCUGUGGUCAAUCUAACCACAAAACAGAAGAGUGCCAGAAAUCGCUAACGUAUGAAGCCAAAAUGCUGAAACUCAAAGAAGAGCGACGCUGCUUCAAAUGCACAGGAGAAAGGCAUUCAGCAAAGCUUUGCAACAGCAGAAUUAAAUGUAGAAGAUGCAAAGGCGGGCACGCUACAAGCAUGUGCCGGAACAAGCGAACGCAAUCAUCAUUGGUGUCAGCGGACGAGUUGGAAAGUCAUCCAAGGCACGGUAGACCGCCUAACCCAGAACAGGGAUGCAUAGAAGAGGGAGCAGAACAGCGUUCGGCAGAGCAUACAUAUCAUGCAUCCGAAAGACGAGAUGCAAGAAACAGAAAAGGUGAACUUUCCAGGAGCGUGUUGCUUCAAACCGUUACAGCGCUAAUAGAGGGAAGGCGAGGCACGCAACCAGCAAGGACACUACUGGACACUGGAAGUCAAAGGUCCUUCAUUACAACGUCAUUGUCCAAGACACUAAGAUGUACAAUAUUGGGAACGGAGAAUCUGUUCAUCGGAUCUUUCGGAGGAGCAGUUUCAGAGAAAGAGAGGCGAGUCGUUGAGCUGAAGAUAAAGAAGCACAAGGGCACACAUGCACAGACGAUCAGAGCUCUCGAAGUAGAGAAGAUAGGAAGUAAUAUCUUGCCAAGAGUGGAUCCCAACAUGCAAGGUCUACCAGACGAAGUUAAGCGACAUUUGGGGGACGAAGAAACAGUACCAGACGAUCAAAUAGGCGUCGUGGUAGGAUCAGACCACUAUUGGGAACUUGUCACUGGAAAGACAUACAGGAUAAGCGAUUCAGUAACCGCGGUGGAGACAACUCUCGGUUGGGAGAUACAAGGGCCAGUUACUUUAAAAUGCCGAUGCACUAGGCAGGCCGCAGUCAGUGUGCUAAAAGUGUCGCUUGGAUGUGAAAUAGAAGACGAAUUAUUAGAAGCAUUUUGGAGAGAAGAGACGCAGGAACAUAGUUAUUUUACAACCGAAGAUGAUGAGAGACUAUUGGAGCUUUCCAGGAAUCUUCAAAAGGUCAACAAUCGAUAUGCAGUGAGGCUUACAUGGAAGCACGAGGUCAAUCUGGAGGAUAAUUAUCACUUGGCCCACAAACGACUAUUGCAGCUAACAAAGAGGCUCCAGGAGGACACAACCCUAUUCGAAAGGUAUGACAAAGCCAUCAGGGAAUAUUUGUCAUCGGGUGUAUCAGAGAAGGUCAAGGCAGGUCAAAGUAACGGUGAAUUCGUGUACUACAUGCCACACCAGGCUGUCAUUCGGGAAGACAGAACCACCACCAAGAUCAGGAUCGUCUUCGACGCUUCAUCUUCUGAGACACCCGGGACAUCUGUAAACGACUGUUUGGAUGCAGGGCCAAACCUUAGCCCCGAUAUAGUCUCGGUUCUUCUCAACUUCAGAACGCACAAAGUAGCACUUGUUGCAGACGUGAAACAAGCGUUCCUGCAGAUUCUCACACAAGAAGAAGACAGAGAUGCACUUCGUAUGCUGUGGUGGGGGCAUAUACCAUAUACUACGGAAAAUAACAAAUUGGAGACAUGGAGGAUGACAAGGGUAACCUUUGGAAUUGCCUCGAGCACGUUUCUACUAGCAGCGACGAUAAAAGCACACUUGCAGUCCGUGAAGGAUAAGUAA